AUGCUCCAAUCAACCGCUCGAUCUCGUUCCCGCCCCGCAGCUCAUCAGCUUCACGACCUCAACACCGAAUCCCUAAUCGCCCACGCCGUCGGUUUCCCUAUCGAUUCCCUCACCGAGGAGGAGAUCGAGGCCUCCGUGAUACCGGUGAUCGAACCCCUCGCUCAGUCUAACUACAUCACGGUGAGAAAUCACAUCGUCUCCCUCUUUCGAUGCAACCCGUCGAGUUUUCUGACCGAGGAUCAGGCCGCUGCUUCGAUUCGAUCCGAGCAUCGGCGUCUCGUCACCGCCGCUUACUCUUUCCUUCACACUCACGCUUACAUUAACUUCGGCGUGCUCAACAACAUCCCUCCUUCGCUCCCCCCCUCGAUCUCUUCCAAUGGCGUUGUGAUCAUAAUCGGCGCGGGGCUCGCUGGCCUCGCUGCCGCUCGACAACUUCAAGCUCUGCACUUCAAAGUUGUCGUCUUGGAAGGCCGCGGCCGCCCUGGUGGCCGGGUACUCACCAAGAAGAUGACCGGUGGUGACCAGUAUGCCGCAGCUGAUUUGGGUGGUAGCGUACUCACCGGAAUCAACGGUAACCCUUUCGGAGUUCUUGCAAGACAAUUAGGGUUUCCAUUACAUAAGGUUAGGGAUAAAUGCCCGCUAUAUUUACCUAACGGGAGGCCCGUGGAUCCUGUGGUGGACUCAAAGGUGGAGGUUGCAUUCAAUCAGUUGCUCGAGAAGGUUUGUAAGCUGAGACAUGCGAUCUUGGAGGAGAUGAAGGAUGUGGAUGUUUCUUUGGGGAAGGCGUUGGAGGCUUUUAGGAAGGUUCAUGGAGUGGCAGAGACGGAUGAGGAGAGGAUGCUGUUGAACUGGCACCUGGCGAAUUUGGAGUACGCGAAUGCUACGUGGUUAUCGAGCCUUUCAAUGGCGUACUGGGAUCAGGAUGAUCCGUAUGAGAUGGGAGGGGAUCACUGUUUUAUUCCCGGAGGCAAUGGGAGGUUUGUGAAGGCAAUGGCAGAGAAUGUGCCUAUUUUGUAUGGUCGGACUGUUAGUAGAGUGCAUUAUGGCAGUGAUGGUGUGUUGGUCUGCGCAAAUGGGCAGGUUUUUCGUGGUGAUAUGGCUCUGGUAACUGUUCCCCUCGGUGUCCUGAAGAAGGGUUCAAUUAAAUUCAAACCUGAGCUCCCACCACAAAAGCAAGAUGCAAUCAAGCGAUUGGGUUUUGGAUUGCUUAAUAAGGUCGUGAUGCUAUUUUCUCACGAUUUUUGGGGUGGGGAAAUUGAUACCUUUGGCCAUUUAACGGAGGAUUCGAGCCAAAGAGGGGAAUUCUUUCUGUUCUAUAGUUACUCAUCAGUCUCUGGAGGGCCACUUUUAGUUGCUCUUGUUGCUGGGGAAUCUGCCAUUAACUUUGAAAAGACCUCGCCAGUGGAUAAUGUUGAAAGGGUGUUGACUGUACUGCAAGGGAUAUUUUCCCCUAAGGGAAUUGAUGUUCCCAACCCUCUUCAAGUGAUCUGUACUCAAUGGGGAAGUGAUAAGUUUACGUAUGGGUCAUACUCAUAUGUAGCUAUUGGAUCUUCAGGGGAUGAUUAUGAUGUUCUUGCUGAAAGUGUUGGUGAUGGAAGGGUUUUCUUUGCUGGAGAGGCAACUAACAGAAGGUACCCAGCAACAAUGCACGGGGCUUUACUGAGUGGAUUCAGGGAGGCUGCAAACAUAUCAAGAGCAGCUCGUAGAAGGUCUAUGGCGCCGAAAACAGAGAAAACCAAUAUCCAGGUGGAAACCUGGGAUUUGGAUGAUUUAUUUCAGAGUCCUGACAUGCUCUUUGGCAACUUCUCUGUGCUUCAUGAUCCAGUUUCAUUUGGUCCGGAAUCAACUUCGUUGGUUCGUGUGAGGGUUAACGAGAAAAAAUUAGAGUCAGGUUCUAUUUUUCUUUAUGGAUUGAUCUCAAGGAUUCAUGUGAAGGAGCUUCACGAGAUAUCUGGAGAUGAAAAUAGAUUGAGUAUGUUGUAUCAUAGCUAUGGUACAAAAUUAGUUGCAAGGAACGAGUUGGAAAGCCAGGGAGAGACUCUUAUAGCCCGUAUAAAGGCUGCAAGGGAAGUUGAUAACACAAGAGGGAUUGUGAAUGGAAACCAUUUAUAACAUAGUUGUAUAUCUGAUUUAAUUUAUCCUGGACUGCCUACAAGCCUAGGCAAUCAUGAACAUUUUUUAUUGUGGAUUUGGCUUAUAUUUUUCGCCUUA